AUGGAGUUAAUAACAUCUUCUCCUGUUUAUCACGUCAACUUAACUAAUGGGUCAAACCCUUACCUUUGGGUAAAAAGACCUUCCAUCGCAUAUUUGAUUGUUCACUUGCUGACCUUCAUCCUCAGUUUGCUCGGGAAUGGAGUGGUUAUCUGGGUGACCGGCUUCAAGAUGAAGAAAACUGUGAACWCAGUUUGGUUCCUCAACCUUGCUGUGGCCGACUUCCUCUUCACAGCAUUCCAGCCUCUAAUCUUCACUGAAGUAGCAAUGGAUUUCCACUGGCCAUUUGGGAAAUUCAUGUGCAAGCUGACUUAUACUGUACUCUUUCUAAACUUGUAUACCAGUGUCUACAUCCUUGUGAUGAUCAGUGUGGACAGAUGUGUGUCUGUGGUGUGGCCCGUUUGGGCCCAGAAUCACAGAAAUGUAUGGAAAGCUUCCAUAGUUUGUCUGUGUGUUUGGGCUCUGGCUUUAAUCCUCAGCGCUCCAUACUUUGUCUUCAGAAACACUGCUCAAUCAAAGUACAAUAAACACAUGAUCCGCUGCUUUGACAACAUAAUUUACUCUGAAGACCAAACUCAAUCUGGGAUUCAGUUACAACUGUUUCGUCAUCAGGCCAUGACCAUCACUCAAUCUGUAUUUUGGUUUGUCAUCCCCUUCACUGUCAUUGUCUCCUGUUAUGCCGUCAUAAUACAUCGACUUCACAAAAACCGUACCCUGGCCAGCCAAUCAAGUCGUCCUUUUAAAAUCAUUGCUGCCAUCAUCGUCACCUUUUUCCUCUGCUGGGUUCCCUUUCACAUCAUGAAUUUAAUACUAAUGAUGCAUCACAAGACAAAUUAUAAAAGUGUAACAUUUAACCACAUCCUCACCAUCAUGUCUCCCUUGGCAUUAUACCUGGUUUGUUUUAACAGCUGCAUAAACCCACUUCUUUAUGUGUUCAUGAGCCAUGAUUUUAAGGUAGAAAUCCGUAAAUCCAUCCUGAAGGUGUUGGAGACGGCCUUCCAAGAAGAACCACCUCCCGCUAACAUCCGAACAAACUCAGUGGUCAUCAUUUACAGCAAGAAGACUUCUGUUAGUGUAGUUUGA